CAGUGACUCUCUUCCUUCUCAGGCUGUUUAAAUCCCAGUCAGUCAGUGUGAGACCACAGACAGGACAACUGGCGUGGUGUUUUCCAAACCUUCACCGUAACACAGAGUGCAAACUCAGGCUCAACACUGCACCACCAGGCUCAACACUGCAGCCCAGCCAUGAGCAGCACCAAACAACUCAACAACAGGAGCGGAGACAAUGCAUCCAAGAAGAAGUGCCCCUUGGCCAUGGGGCUGGAGGGCAUUGCCCCCCUGGUGCGCACUGUUGAGGAGAUCCCAGAACCCAUCACCACGGUGAUCAAGGGGAACAUCCCAUCCUGGAUCAAUGGAAGCUUCCUGCGGAAUGGGCCCGGAAGGUUUGAGUUCGGCAAAGACAACUUCAACCACUGGUUUGACGGAAUGGCCUUGAUGCACCGCUUCUACAUCCAUGACGGUGAGGUGACCUACAGCAGCCGCUUCCUGCGCAGCGACUCCUACGUGCGUAAUUCUGAGAAAGACCGCAUUGUGGUGUGUGAGUUUGGAACCAUGGCCAUGCCUGACCCCUGCAAGAACUUCUUUUCUCGAUUCUUAUCCCGCUUCAAGAUUCCCAAGGCCACAGACAAUGCCAGUGUGAACUUUGUGAAGUACAAGGGUGACUACUAUGUAAGCACAGAGACCAACUACAUGCGGCGGGUGGAUCCACAGAGCCUGGAGACCAAAGAGAAGGUGGACUGGUCUAAAUACAUUGCAGUAAACUCCGCCACAGCCCAUCCUCAUUAUGACCGUGAAGGGGCCUCGUACAACAUGGGCAACUCCUAUGGCAAGGGCGGCUUUUUCUACAACAUCAUCCGUGUGCCUCCGCCUGAGAAGGUAGAGGGGGAAGACAAGGCUGAUUUCAGUGGAGCUCAGGUCCUCUGUUCCAUCCCAGCCUCUGACUCCAGGAAACCAUCCUACUACCACAGCUUCGCCAUGUCAGAGAACUAUGUGGUGUUCAUAGAGCAGCCCAUCAAGCUGGACCUGCUCAAGUUUAUGCUGUUCAGGAUCCAGGGCAAGAGCUUCGACAAGGUCAUGACCUGGGAGCCACAGUACGACACCAUCUUCCACGUGGUGCACAGACACACAGGCGAGCUAAGCAAGGUAAAGUACAGCGCCCCACCCAUGUUCACCCUUCACCAGAUCAACGCCUACGAGGACAAAGGGUUCCUUGUAAUGGACAUGUGCUGUGGGGACGAUGGGGACGUCAUUGGAGACUUCACACUAGAGAACCUUCGCAGGGCUCCAGGGGAGGAAAUGGACAAGUUUUAUAACUCCAUGUGCAGAAACCUUCCACGGAGAUACGUCCUACCCCUGACGGUAACUGAUGACACACCCAGCGACCAAAACCUUGUCACUCUGCCUUUCUGUCAAGCAACUGCGGUCAAGACUGGGUGUGGAAAGGUGCUUUGUACACACGAGGAACUCUAUGAUGAAGAGCUGUUCCAGUACGGUGGCCUGGAGUUCCCACAGAUCAACUAUGCCCAUUACAACGCGCGUCCUUACCGCUACUACUACGCAUGCGGCUUCGGACACCUGUUCAGCGACUCCCUGCUGAAGAUGGAUCUGGAGACCAAGAAACUUAAGGCAUGGCGUCACCCUGGUCUGUUCCCAUCUGAGCCUGUGUUUGUUGCUGCGCCCAACGCAACCGAGGAGGACGAUGGUGUGGUCAUGUCCGUCAUCAUCACACCCAGAACUGAGAAAAGCACGUUCCUGCUGAUUCUGGAUGCCAAGACUUUCACGGAGCUGGGCCGGGCAGAGGUUCCAGUCAACAUUCCAUUUGGAACUCAUGGAGUAUUCAAUGAGAUGCACUGAAAAUGCUAACGUCACAACCCCUUCAGCAUUCUGCUUAUGAAAUUACUCCAUCCAUAGAUGUCUUUUCUGAUGCGGUUAAGUUAACAUCUCUAACUACUGCAGUACUCUUGGACCAUUUUCGGUACAGCCAGAGGAGGAAGGCCCUCUCCUCUGAGUCUUGUUCCUCUUGAGGCUAAGACUCUCGAGGUUUGUUCCUUCUAGGGAGUUUUCACCUGCCACUGUACUUCUGCUGCUUGCUAUUUGGGGUCUAGGCUGGGGUUCUAUAAUAAUAAUAACAAUAAUAAUGAAGUAAUACAUUGGAUUUUUAUAGCACUAUGAAGUAUUUUGUACCAACUGCUAAGGUAGAAAGGCUUUAUAAAUACAUCUAAUUGAUUUAUUGAUAUCACAGAACUGAGGAGAACCAGUUCCUCAGACCCUGUUAAAAUGUCAGUCUGUAGACACAUCUAUCUAUGUCAUAUCCUUAUCAAAAGGUACCCUGCUUUGUAAGUAAAUGAUGUUGGUGACUGA